GUUUUGAUGGUACAUGUAAUUUGACGGCCGAACUUCAUCCUUUAUGAUGAUUUUAUCGGCAAUGGAUGUGGAUGGUUGCCAUGGGUACAUCGAUGAUUUGUUUUCUAAUGAAUCUGACAAAUGGUUAGAUGCCACAACAAAAAUAAAGUAUAUAGUUAUUGGGAACAACAAGCAGAAAUCGUGCAUCAUCAAUUAUGGUGUCAUUCCAAGGCUGCUCCAGUGGAUGAUAGACGAUGUGACCCCCAUAGAGCUACGAACAGAGGCUGCCGUGGUGCUGGGGAGUCUGGCUAAGGGGGUAGAGGAGAACAUUGACUGUCUGGUGGAGGCUGGAACUGUGUCUGUCUUACUCAAGGGCCUGUCUAACAACAAUCUGAAGUAUGUUGAAGCCUGUUUGAGAUGUCUGAGAAUCAUCUUCUCCAGCUCACUUACAGCUGUCGACUUUAUUUAUCAGGAUGCCACAGUGAUACCUCACCUCAUUAACAUAAUCUCCAAGUCCGUCUGCACUCAGGAAUGUAUCACAACUAUUUUUGCUGAUUGCUGCAAGACGGAGACUCACCAGUCCUUACUGUGUAGCAAUGGUGCCAUUGCUGCCCUGGCCCCUCUACUGUGUUCCAACAUUUAUAAGGUUCAGAUGCCCACACUGUCAUGCUUUGCCAUGAUGUGUUACCAGAAUGAGCAAGUGUCCAUGGCUGUGGCCACAGCCACUUACAAUGCAGAACCGAUUCCAAACCUUUUUGUCAAACUUCUGGCAAGGGACAAGACUCAUGAAAUGCAGAUGGCUGCUGCCCAGUGUUUGACAUAUCUGUGUAGAGGAGGUGCCAUUAGUCCAGACAACCCCAUCAUAGUGCUUAAGACUCUUCCCACUCUGGUGAGGAUGUGUAAGCGGGAAAGGAGCAUUGAGGAGCGAGUGGAGGGGGCAGAGGCUCUGGCAUACCUCAUAGAGGUGAACUCUGACCUCCAGAAGACAGCAGCCAUCACCGAUCAUUGUAUACGAACACUGGCGGAGUACCUCAAGUUUACAGAGGUGCAUCAGUUCAUUGUCAAGAAUCAUCAGCGUAAGGAUGUCAGUUCCAUGGAUGAACUCAAGCAAGCUGCGUUCAAAGCAUUCGCCGCACUGGCUGCCAAUGACGAGGAUAUUCGAAAACGGAUACUGGAAAUGGAUGGGUUAAUGGAGCAAGUUGUAGACGGGAUGAACAGUAACUCUGUAAAGGUCCAGGUCGCCUCUGUCCGAUGUCUUCACAGUUUGUCGCGUUCUGUACAACAACUCAGGACGACCUUCCACGAUUACAACGUCUGGAAACCACUAAUGAAGAUAAUCCAGAAUGGCCCCCACGAAGCCCUGGCUGUCACCUCCUCUGUGCUGUGUAAUUUACUGCUGGAGUUCUCACCCAGUAAAGAGCCCAUACUGGAGGAGGGAGCUGUGGAGAUUUUGGUGAGGCUGACAUCACAUGAGGACCCGUCCCUUAGACUGAACGGCAUCUGGGGACUGAUGAACAUGGCAUUCCAGGCCGAACAGAAGCUAAAGACCCACAUCAUAACGUCAGUAGGACCAGACAGGUUGUUGAAGCUUUUGUCUGACCCCAUACCCUCCAUUCUCAUCAAGACACUGGGGCUACUGAGAAACCUACUGUCUGGCAAACCGCAUAUUGAUCUGCUUAUGAAUAUGUAUGGCAAACAGAUGAUCCAAGCUGUCAUUCUCAUCCUAGAGGGAGAUCACUCUCUGGACAUCAAAGAACAGACACUGUGCAUCCUGACAAAUAUAGCUGACGGAAACUCUGCCAAAGAUUAUAUCAUGACAAAUGAAGAUGUGCUGAAGAAAUUGAUGAGUUAUAUGAUGUGCACGAGUGUAAACCUCCAACUGACGGCCACUCUCUGCAUCACAAACCUCAUCUGGAAUGAUGAAGAAGGUGCUCACAGUAGACAAGCCAAACUACGAGACAUGGGUGUGCAGAAAAUCUUACAUCAGUUACAGACGCAGACUCAUCAAGACCUUAUACUGAACGAAAAAGUGAAAGCUGCUCUUGAGCAGUUUGGAGGAUGAAAUAAGCUCUGCCACGGACUUAUAGGGCCAAUCUGUACCAUCCUGUGAGGUGUUGAGCACUACACUGAUAGCAAGACUAGCAGGGUUAUCUCCCCUGAUCCUAAUGUGCUCCAAAGCUGUCUCCCUUUAUUGUGCAUGCCUGGAAUGAGGGUAUUGCUAAAAUAGAUGUGCGGAUUUUAAUAGAAGGACAGGCGAACAGUGAAAACCAGUUAAUGGAAUGAAUGCAAAGUGACAGAAGAAAGUAUCUGCUACCAAACUUUGGGUGAACUGCACAUGUAUCGACAGAGGUACGGGUAACUGUAAGAAGAGAGAGAGAGGAAAUAUGAUGUCAAGCCACAGUCAUGAUCUGUUAGUUAUAUUGUUUUUGAAAACAGUAUGAAUAAAUUCAUGUAUGCACACUUUAUUUAAUAAUAUGCAGUUUUGUCGCAGUUCAUAUGUUCCUAAGUGAACAAUACAUUUUAAUCUUCAAAAUGUUUUGAAUUAUUUCCUCCCAUUCUAAUUGUGGCAGCCAUAGAGUAAGUGAAAUAUUCUGAAGUACGGCGUAAAACAAACAAACAAGAUAAAUAAAUAAAUCUUUUGAAUUAUGUUUGCAGAUUGAAGUUUGUGGCUCACAUUUUUGAGGAUCUAGAGUACUUAAUCUAUGACAUUUUUUUUCUACAUUUAGUCAUGGUUGGUAUGCACUAAUGCUGGUAUUGCUCAGCCAGAAGUUCAAAUCCCAUUAUUGUCACUUUUCCUGGUCAGUUUAGAUUUACACAUCUACAUAUACACAUUUACACAAUGUAAGCCAGCCUAGUAGUUUGCCAGUGGAGAGCUUGGUUUGCCAGUGGGGAGUCACAAGCCUGCCAGUGGCUUGCAUGUAGUGAGAAUGUGACUUGCCUGUGGUUAGUCACAAGCCUGCCAGUGGCUUGCCUGUAGUGAGAAUGUGACUUGCCUGUAGUAGGCACAAGUCUGCCAGUGGUUUGCCUGUAGUGAGAAUGUGACUUGCCUGUAGUAGGCACAAGUCUGCCAGUGGUUUGCCUGUAGUGAGAAUGUGACUUGCCUGUAGUUAGUCACAAGUCUGCCAGUGGCUUGCCUGUAGUGAGAAUGUGACUUGCCUGUAGUUAAUCACAAGUCUGCCAGUGGUUUGCCUGUAGUGAGAAUGUGACUUGCCUGUAGUUAGUCACAAGUCUGCCAGUGGCUUGCCUGUUGUGAGAAUGUGACUUGCCUGUAGUUAGUCACAAGUCUGCCAGUGGCUUGCCUGUGGUGAGAAUGUGACUUGCCUGUAGUUAGUCACAAGUCUUCCAGUGGCUUGCCAGUGGUGAGAAUGUGACUUGCCUGUAAUUAGUCACAAGUCUGCCAGUGGCUUGCCUGUAGUGAGACUGUGACUUGCCUGUAGUUAGUCACAAGUCUGCCAGUGGUUUGCCUGUAGUGAGAAUGUGACUUGCCUGUAGUUAGUCACAAGUCUUCCAGUGGCUUGCCUGUAGUGAGAAUGUGACUUGCCUGUAGUUAAUCACAAGUCUGCCAGUGGUUUGCCUGUAGUGAGAAUGUGACUUGCCUGUAGUUAGUCACAAGUCUGCCAGUGGCUUGCCUGUUGUGAGAAUGUGACUUGCCUGUAGUUAGUCACAAGUCUGCCAGUGGCUUGCCUGUGGUGAGAAUGUGACUUGCCUGUAGUUAGUCACAAGUCUUCCAGUGGCUUGCCAGUGGUGAGAAUGUGACUUGCCUGUAAUUAGUCACAAGUCUGCCAGUGGCUUGCCUCUAGUGAGAAUGUCACUUACCUGUAGCUAGUCACAAGUCUGCCAGUAGUUUGCCUGUAAGUGAGAAUGUCACUUACCUGUAGUGAGCUAUAAGGUUGCCUGCAGAGAGUCACUAAUCAAAUGUAGUGAGUCACAAGUCUGCCAGUUGUUUGCCUGUAAUGAGAAUAUCACUUAGGUGUAGUGAGCUAUAAGCUUUGGUGCAGUGGGCCACUAGUCAACCAAUGGUUUACCAGUAGUGAAUCACAAGUCUACCAGUGGUUUGCCUGUCCUGAGUCUGUGACUUGCCUGUAGUGAGCUACAAGUUUGCCUGCAGUGGGCCACUAGUCAACCAAUGGUUUACCAGAAGGAGGUCAAAAGUCUACCAGUGGUUUGCCUGUCCUGAAUCUGUGACUUGCCUGUAGUGAGCUACAAGUUUGCCUGCGGUGGACCACUAGUCAACCAAUGGUUUACCAGAAGGGGGUCAAAAGUCUGCCAGUGAUUUGCCUGUCCUGAGACUGUGACUUGCCUGUUGUGAGCUACAAGUUUGCCUGCGGUGGACCACUAGUCAACCAAUGGUUUACCAGAAGGGGGUCAAAAGUCUGCCAGUGAUUUGCCUGUCCUGAGACUGUGACUUGCCUGUUGUGAGCUACAAGUUUGCCUGCGGUGGACCACUAGUCAACCAAUGGUUUACCAGAAGGGGGUCAAAAGUCUGCCAUUGAUUUGCCUGUCCUGAGACUGUGACUUGCCCGUUGUGAGCUACAAGUUUGCAUGUGGCAAGUUGGGUUUGCCUGUGGUGGUUCAAAUAGUCAACCAAUGGUUUUGCCUGUAGUGAGUCACUACUGUGCUAGUGGGUUGCUUGUAUUGAGUCUGUAGUUUGCCUGCAAUGAGUCCACAGAAUGGCAAAUUGACUGCUUAUAGAACUGUACAAUUGGCUGGAGAACCUUACCAACAAGUUUUAAAAACUGUGCAGUCUAGAUUACAGUGAUGUAAACAGAGUGAGUAGAAAAAAAUGGAAAUGAUAGUUGGUCUCCCUACAACUUGUUUUUGCAUAAGUAAAUGGAUUGUGGAAGAAAACCUGAAAUUUCCUUU